AUGGCCGCAAUCAAGCCCAUCACUGGCAUGCUCAAGAAGGGCCUCAUCACCGACUUGUCCAUCGCCCUCGGUACGCAUUUCCUGGUCCCCUCCGACGACCUCUCGUCCGCCACGGCGCUUGGCCGUAUCGGAGCCGUCAUGGGAAGCCUGUUCUGGCACGGUUACCACAUGCCCCGCACCAUCGCCCGAGACAACUUCUACAGCGCCCUCGAGAAGGAGCGUGCCACCAAGCAGGGACAAUAG